CUCCACCCCCCUCGUUAAUUCCCCCCUUCCUUUUUAAACCCCCUCUCCCCCUCGUUAACCAAAUCAUAGCAUUACAUUUCUUUUCUUUUUCUGGAAACAAAACUCUCUCUACUCUUUUUUUCUUAUUAUGGGUGCUCUUCGGAAAUUUGAGCCUAUCAAAAAAUGUGACACCGCCAAUAGGUCGAAUCAGACCGUGGCAUCGGACCUCGAUGGCACGCUGCUCGUGUCGCGAAGCGCGUUCCCGUACUACAUGCUGCUAGCUUUAGAAGCUGGCAGCAUUUUUCGUGCCUUGUUGUUGCUGAUAUCGGUUCCUUUGGUAUAUUCCAUCUACUUGUUUGUUUCCGAGGAACUGGCGAUCAAGACACUGAUAUUUAUCUCUGUUUCGGGGAUUAAAAUCCGCGAUAUAGAGCUGGUGUCACGAUCCGUGUUGCCCAAGUUCUAUGCGGAGGAUGUGCAUCCGGAUACGUGGAGGGUGUUCAACGCGUGUGGGAAGAGGUAUGUGAUUACAGCGAGUCCUAGAGUGAUGGUCGAGCAUUUCGCUAAGAGUUUUCUUGGGGCGGAUAAGGUUAUUGGCACGGAAUUACAAGUUUCUAAAUCGGGACGAGCUACUGGAUUUGUGAAACAGCCCGGUGUUCUUGUCGGAGAUCAUAAAAAGGCGGCGGUUGUUAAAGAAUUCAGCAACAAUUUACCGGAUUUGGGACUCGGGGAUCGGGAAUCGGACCAUCAGUUCAUGUCCCUCUGCAAGGAGGGAUACAUGGUGCCAAAAUCAAACUGCGAGCCAUUGCCAAGAAACAAGCUUUUAAGUCCAAUAAUCUUUCAUGAGGGGCGUUUGGUUCAAAGACCUACCCCUCUGGUUGCACUACUGACAUUUUUGUGGAUGCCGAUAGGAAUUAUUUUGUCUAUUCUCCGAGUUUAUCUCAAUAUUCCCUUGCCUGAAAAAAUCGUCCGAUACAACUAUAAAAUCCUCGGAAUCAACCUGAUUGUAAAAGGCACCCCUCCUCCGCCUCCCAAACAAGGCCAUAGCGGUGUCCUCUUCGUGUGCAACCACCGGACUGUGUUGGACCCCGUGGUCACAGCAGUCGCACUGGGACGCAAAAUAAGUUGCGUGACAUACAGCAUAAGUAAAUUCUCGGAAAUGAUUUCUCCGAUCAAAGCAGUUGCAUUGUCACGAGAACGCGACAAAGACGCUGCAAACAUCAAAAAAUUGCUGGAGGAAGGCGAUUUAGUUAUUUGCCCCGAAGGAACCACCUGCAGAGAACCGUUUUUACUGCGAUUCAGUGCCUUAUUUGCCGAAUUGACAGACCGAAUCGUGCCCGUGGCAAUCAACACCAAGCAGAGUGUGUUUUAUGGCACGACCGCGAGAGGUCACAAGUUUCUGGACCCUUAUUUCGCAUUCAUGAACCCGAGGCCAACGUACGAGAUCACGUUCCUGAAUCAGCUGCCUCCGGAGCUGACAGUGAAAGCCGGGAAGUCUCCUAUCGAAGUUGCAAAUUACAUUCAGAAAGUGCUGGCCGGGACACUGGGAUUCGAAUGCACUAAUUUGACGAGGAAAGACAAGUAUGCCAUGAUGGCUGGAACUGAUGGCAUUGUUCGAGCCAACUCCAAGAAAGGAGAUUAAUUGAUUGCGUUGAUAUUAUCAUCAUAAAUUAUCUGUAUUGUUCUUUACCAUAAAUUAUUUUAAUCCGUUUUUUUGUAAAAUGAAAAUAACAGAUUUCAUUAAGAAUCAAA